AUUUCCCAAACGAGUCCCUAUCAACCAUCGCCAUCAUGGGCGCUUUUUACGAGCUGAUACCAGAGAACAUAUAUUCCUGGAUCCUGCAACAGAAGAUGUUCUUCGUAGCCACCGCGCCACUCUCCAAGACCGGCCACGUCAAUGUCUCGCCCAAAGGAGGACAAUAUUAUGGUCUGGUCGACGACAAGACAUUCUGGUAUAUGGAUCUCUCCGGCUCUGGUGUAGAAACCAUUUCCCACCUCCGCGAGAAUGCUCGAAUUACGGUAAUGUUCCAGGCGUUUGAAGGGUCUCCCCGGAUUGUGAGACUCUGGGGAACCGGACGGAUUCUCGAACGAGAAAGUCCCGAGUUCAACGCCUUUGUGGCUCUACACUCCGUCAAGACCAUUCCUGCGACACGAUCGAUCAUCAUUGUGGAUGUUCAUCAGGUCGGCUCAUCGUGCGGGUACAGUGUACCAACGUACGAAUUCAAGGGCUUCCGACAGACUCUGAAUCAAGUGUUUGAGAAGAGGAAAGAGAAAUUCGAUAGUGGAAAGAAAGAAGAGUCCAUGGACCGGUAUUGGGCAUAUAAAUCCGCUUGGUCUAUGGAUGGACUUCCUGGCAUGCAACGAGGCCUCGACACUGGUGUUCGAGAGGCCGUCGAGCCCAUUGUCAAGAUGGUCGGACCUUUCGCUCCUGCAGCGCCUUUUGGGCCCAAGUCAUCUAAGCUCAGCAACCAGAUCAGAUACCAGUUGACAAGGCUCAGCACGAUGCAAGUGAAUUUGCAGACUGUCAUGCUCAUCGCGCUGGUCGCUCUGAUGUUUGGCUAUGCCCUAGCGACAUAUCGUCCGCUGUUGGUGGAGAUGCAAAAAGGAAAUAUAUCGAGGUUAUUAGCCCUGUGAGAAGGAGAAGUGAGCUUCAGAAAAUUUUAAUGUGCAAUGUGCGCUAUAGUGGCGAGUUUUGAUGCUAAUAUGUGAGGUCGACAAUGGCACACUGCCCCCUUCAUCUUCUUCCAUCUCUCCC